AUGGCACACGCCCGUAGAGCCAAGCGAGCUCGACUAUCAGCAAGAGACUCUAAUGUGCAAGACACUCAGUCUCAGGUAGCGUCGCAGGCGACACGGAAUAGUGUCAAUCAGUUUUACGAUCCGGAUCAAGACCACCGAGAAAGGCGACAAGUUCGUAAGGGCCUCAGAGAUUUGACGCGGGACCUCAACGACUCUAGGAAUGAAUAUCUACAGGCUGGCAACCAUGGCCUGCGUGACACCAUCAAGAAAGCGAACGACAUCUUCGAGAAUGUCAAGCAGACUUCUGACGCAACCAUCGAUUCACGGCUGCUUGUUCAAGCGGCAGAUCUGUCAUACAAAAAGACGGCACAGUUGGUGCUGGGGGAUGCUAGUGCAGGGAUAGAUGUGGAUGAGUUUGUCUCUAAGUGUAUCUCUUUCAUGCGCCGGGCGCCUGCGGACUCCCAAGCUUCGAUGCCUUCCAGCACCCAACGGCGGCGCACGGGUAUCGGAAGGAGCCAGAUGGACCCCAACGACAGCGACGAGGAUCAGGGGGAUGCGAUGAACUGGGACUGGCUCGGGCGCGCUGCUUGUUUCUGCAGUAAUGCCCGGCCGUCAGUUCCUGGAUUCCUACUGGGACCGCUUUCAGUACAGAAGCGCGUCCGGCAGCAACCUGUACGAAGAGCCCGUGAACGAAUCGACCCAGCGCGGGCCGUUGCACCGCAAGAACUGCAAGAAAAAGAUCUGGACAGGCAAGAAACAUCGAAUUUGACGACUAUGUGUGCCAGUAUCAAUCGACUUCUUGCUAGAACCCAAAACAACGGACAAGAUGUGGUAGAGGCAGAAUUGUCGCAGUUGCCAGAUGACCCCGACGAAGAUACGGUGCAAGAGGUGAUGGCAAGGAACAAUGUGGCCGAUGAUGGAGGUGUUCCUCUGUUCCAAUUCUGCAUUAACCCGCACUCUUUCGGACAAAGUGUGGAAAAUCUAUUCUACGUUAGCUUUUUGGUCCGGGACGGCUUGGUUGGAAUCGCGGUGGAUAGCCGGGGCUUGCCCACUUUGCAUUCGGCAAAGCCUCAUGCGCCUAGUGAGGCCCAGAGAAAGGGCAUUAAGAAGCGUCAGGCCAUUUUCACACUCGACUUUGAGACCUGGCAAGAGUUGAUCCAAGUCUAUGACAUCAAAGACUCCAUCAUUCCUCAUCGGGAGGAAGAGACGCAAAAUACAGCACAAUCCUGGCAAGGCUAA